UCUCUUUAACCCUUUGAGCUUCGCAGGCUGUAAAAGGCUGCAGGAAAGUCUUGUAGAGAAGAGAUCCAGAGGAGGCCCUGGGGGAGGAAGGAGAAUUUGCAUUGUUGGAAAUCUCCAGCAGGAAAGAAGAAAAGCCCUGCAAGGAAGGAGGUGCCCGAGAUUGUACCUGCAUUCUCACCACGCGCUGAUGAGGCUGAAAUAGUUUGGAUCCUCUGCAGUUCAACGUGUCUUAGGAGGACACACAACCUGGAAGCCUUUUGUAGGUCUUCGCAUACAGACAAAAUUCUCCCUUGGGCAAAGAGGGCUGAAUGCCCUGCUGUGGUCAUUCCUGCAGCUACAGGAACAGUCCUAUGAAUGAAAAGGCAUUUGGAGAUCCACAACUUUCCCUGGACCCCUUUGGAGUUGCGUUACAGGACAGAGAAAGAAUGGAGACACAACUCUUAGCAAGUGAGGGAAGUGGAGAAGGCCAUUCUGCUGUUCACCCUGGGAGCUGUGGGGAGAUCUGGGCAAGAACUGGGCAGAAGAUCCUAGAGGAGGAAACCACCCAUCCAGACAUUCAGCCCCAGACCUUCAGGAGCAUCCAGUACCAGGAGGCUGAGGGUCCCCGAGGGCUUUCCAGCCGUCUCCACUACUUUUGUCAUCAAUGGUUGAGACGAGAAAAGCACACAAAGGCGCAGGUGCUGGGCCUGGUUGUUCUGGAGCAAUUCCUGGCCCUUCUGCCCCUGCAGAUGGAGAGAUGGGUGCGGGAGUGUGGAGCAGAGACCAGCUCCCAGGCAGUGGCCCUGGUGGAAGGCUUCCUCCUGAGCCAGGCAGAGGACCAAAAGGAGCAGGUUGAGUUGCAGUCCUUCGCUGUGGACAUCAGAGAUCCUGAGGGAAGGAGGAAUCCAUCCAGUCCCCCUCAAGAGCUGUUUUUCAGAAGGAUCUCUCAGGAAGAUCAAAGUCAGGACACCUCAGGAGGGAAGACUCAAACAAAGUUGCCUGCUCUUUCUGGUGCAGCUGAAACAGUGGCUGAACCUCCAGCUCCAGAGGGUCUUGUGUCCUUCGAGGAGGUGGCUGUGUAUUUCUCCAAGGAGGAGUGGUCUCAGCUGGAUCCUCACCAAAAAGCACUGCAUUGGGAAGUCACGCUGGAAAAUUAUAGGAAUGUGGCCUCUCUGGGUAUAAGUGAGAAACUCAUUCCUUGGCUUGAGGAGAUGGUCAACUCCAUUCCACCAAUUUCAGCUUUUUGGGUCCAGAUGCUUCCCUGUGAUCAUGCCUAUGAGGAUAAAAAUCCCAGUGAAAAAUUCGAAAUGAUCAGGCAUGGAGGUGGAAUGGACAAGGAACUAGAGAUGCAACUAGAAGGUCAUGAGAGAAGCCAGUCAAAUAGUUGGAAUCAGGAAAGCUCCAUGGAUGCUGAGACGCAAGGCUUUCUUCCCCAACAAGAAAAAAUAAAGGAAAAGUAUAUUGGAAAAAGUGUAAGACUAUUAAAAGACAGAUUAGUUGUAAAUGAACACUCUCCAACCCAA